AUGAUGGAUUUGGAAAUAGUAAUAGAUCAUGAGUAUAAAGACUUUGCAGUAUAAGAAUUGAUUGAAUAAUUUGAUGAAUUUGAAUAAUAAACUGAAAAAUAUCAUCUUUACAUGAAUAGAGGAUCUCGUCGAGAGAUGUUAGAUAGAGUAUUUAUUAUUUACUAAUGUUUUUAGUACUAGAUUUUAAACAAUCAUUAUGCGAUUUUUGAUGGUCAUGGUUCAUCCCAUGUAGCAGAUUAUUUGACUUAAAAUUUAUUAUAGAAAAUCUAAAAUGAGAUGUCAGAUUAAGAUUACAAAUAAUGUAUUAAAUUGAUUUAUAUAUUUAAUAGUAUUUAAUGAGAUAGACAGUAAUUUAAGUUAGUAUACAUAAUCAGGAUCUGUUGCCAUCCUAUUAUCUAUUUAAAAUAAAACUGUUACAAUUACAAAUUUAGGAGAUUGCAAGGCGAUAGUAUUCAGAGAAGAUUCUUAUCAAUAAUUACAUUCUAUACAUAUUCCUCAAUCAAAAGAAGAAAAUUAAAGAAUUCAUAAAUAAGGAGGGUAAGAAAUAAUUUCUAUUAAUAGUUUAAUUACAAAGAGAUAAAAUAUUUGUAGAGUUUCUGGAUAAUUAACUGUGACUAGAUCUUUUGGAGAUUAUCAUCUUAAGAAAUUUGUAAUUAGUGAACCUGAAAUAACAAAAUAUUAAAUUAAAGAUAAUGAUAGAUUUAUAGUAAUGGCAAGUGAUGGAUUUUGGGAUGUAAAUAUUAUUUGUAAAUGUUAGGAACUUUCUGAAACAGUUGUUCAACAAGUUUUAUAGAAAGUUGACCCAUCAAAAAAUGUUGCCAAAUAGUUAUAUUAAUCAAUCGAAAAUGAUUAUAUUAGAGACAAUGUAACCAUAAUGGUAUUCCCAUUAUGA